CUUACUGUUGGGACAAACAGUUGUCAUCGGUAUCGUGAUCCCGUGGGGUGUAUUUGAUGUGGAAAUGUUCGCUCUAAUUAGUUCUAUUAUUUGCAUUUGAUACCGCGAGGAAGUUCUUUCCAGCGACUAUUUUCUUGCGAAAGCACCCGCACGGCACCUGCUGUGAUAAACAUUGAGAUCUGCGCCCAUAGCCAACUGUUUACCCGCAAAGAAACCUUAUCAACGCUAUGUGCUCUGCACUCACUUCUCGCAAACAUUAGCAAAAAUUGAAUUAUUGAACUAAACAGAGGAAAACAGUUGGCAUUGUUGUUACUUUUGGGGGUUCAGAUAUUUUGCAAAGUGUGAAGUGAUGUUUUUGUUGCGGUCGCAGUUCAUAGUCAGGAGCGACGUAUCGAAAAAUUUCUGUCCCUAUGUCAUCAGAAAUUAGUUCAAGUUUAUCAGCAGAAAACAUCAGAAACGCUGGAACCAGUGAGAGGCGACCAAGUCGCGAUAGCGUCGCACAGUCAGAAGAGGACCUCGGCGUUGAAGGUGCACAUAUAGACACACGAUCAGAUAAUUCUGAGUUAUUAUCAGAAACUUCUGAAUCGGCGGCGAGUAGCAUUGUUGGAGACGAUGGUUCUACUUGCAGCGUAUCCGGCGUUUCAAUUCAUCCAGAACCGAUCGCGCUUCCUUCCCAAAUUGCUGACUCCGACGAAAACGAAAGAAACAUUCGCGACGACGACGGAGAAUCCGACAUUUCCCACGCCGGCAUAUUUCUAUUUGACCUACGUAAAAUGGUAAUGCAAUACAGUAAAGAGCUGAUCUGUUUAUUUGCACUCGCCUUGACCACGUAUGCAACUUUACAGAAUGGAAGGCCGCCUAAGAUUUCAAGGGCGCCGCCGCCUACACCGCUGUUUUCGAAAGAUUCGCUAGUUCAGGAAUGGCCUGGCGGACAUUUAAAUGUGAUACAAAGCCGAGUAUCGAUGUCGGAAUUGUCACUGGUUUUGUUUUACGCGCCAUGGUGUGCUGAGAGCCAAUUCGCCAAAGCAGCCUAUGAGGAAGUCGCAAAUAAAUACCACAAACAAGCAUACUUUGCAGCAGUUAAUUGUUGGCAACCGGGGGGCGAGUGUCGUUUACAGUAUGCUAAGGUUCAAACAUGGCCCGUACUUAUGGUAUACUUUCCACAAGGAGUCGCGGUCCAAUAUAACGGCCCGUGGCUGGUGCAACCACUUUCGCGUUUCAUGGAAAACUUGAUGAAACCCUACAGGCGUAUUUCGAAUCGAAAUGAAUUGAAUGCUCUUCGAAUGGAUAGCAAUUCUGUGGUUGUUGGAUUUUUCAGUUUACCAGAGUUGAGACAAAGUGAUUUUUUCAUAUUCGUUCAAAGUGCAAUUAAGUGGCUUGAAAAGGAUCCAUAUCAAGAUGUGCAAUUUGCUGUGGUAACAGGGGAAUCGUGUCGUGAGUUCGAUAUUGUGCAAACGCCGGCCGUUAAAUUAUACAAUUGGAAUGAAACGUUGGAUAUGGAAUUGACAGAUAGGUGGUCGGUUGAUAAUAUAACCAAGUGGCUUAAAGAUCGUCUAAAUUCCAUUACGACAUGGAUUCAUCCUCCAGGCAAGAAAUCUGCUACACUUGCACCUUAUCUUAAAGCCGGACCAACCGUUAUAUUUUUCACGCCUAAGGACUACUACACAUUUAAUAAGGAUGGAUAUCACAUGUUAAAACAAGUUGCACUAGAAUAUAACAGAUGUAAAAAUGAUACUCAAAGUACAGGUAUUAGUGGGACUACUAUGCAUUUAAUAAGAGAAGAAAACUUGAAAAGAUACUUAAAAAUGAAAUCUACUUGUUUAAAUAUUUCCGAACCUACAAGCGAUGAUAACGAAGAGAAUUUCUACAAAAGCUGUACGGCAGAUGAGCCAAAUAUAACAUUUUCAAAUAUAUUGAAUAAUUCAAAGUUUGAUAAAUUGAUGGAAAAUUCAGAAAGUUAUUGCUACAUCGAAACAAAAGCAAAAAAUUCCAAGUCACCAUCAUGUAAAAAUGUAUUCAAUAAAAGCUGGCGUGAUAGUUUCAAGGAAAAACUGAGAGAUCGUGGCUCUACCCCGAAGUCACCGCUAUCCAUGUUGCGUCCAGAGCAUGACAAUCGAAGUGCCAUGAAACUCCUUGAACAGUCGAUAAUUAAUUUAUGUCAUGCACAUCGAUUAUCGGAUAAUAGCCUUGGGGAUACAUACUUUGGAAAUGAGAAAAAUGUGGAUUUGUCUGAGUUCGAUGGUAAAGCCAGAGAAUUCAAUAGAACUCUAUCGUUUAUACUUCUCGACAGUAUAAUGUACAAACCGAUUGCCUCUCGAUUAGGGAUUGAUAUAACGGCGGUGCCGAAAAACUCGUCUAUGAUUAUAAUUGAUGAUGCUCAUGAUUCGACAUAUCACUUAAAAGGUGAAAUUUCAACAAAAUCGGUUAUAUCCUUCAUCAAAAAUUUCAUUUCGGGAACUGUUAGAAGAAAGUUUCGAUCAACGAAACGAGUAUCACCGCCAUCAACUGGAAAAGAAAUCUCAAUUAGGGAAAUUACUUCAAAUGAGUUUCGCGAAUAUUUACGAUUCUCCCGCAAGACAAUUGUUGUUUUGUUCUAUUCGGUGCAAUGUGCUUUAUGUAGCUUAUUCUCACAAACAUUGUUAAUCGUUUCAAAAAUACUACAAUCAAUUGAUAUAGAUUUUUUGCGGAUUGAUUCCGAUCUCAACGAUUUUCAAUGGCAUUACACUAUGGAUACGUAUCCAACGCUUAUAAUUUUCCCUCGCAACAGAACAUCUGAGUCGCGAAUAUUCCCCCACGCAAUGGAAGUGAAUAUUUCAAAUAUACUCGGCUUUAUUAUAGCCAACUUGAGUCCAGAAGAAAGACUGCAAGCGAUUUACGAAUCGUGCCAAUUUAGACGAGUACGGGCUAGUAGUUCUAUUCAGAAUUGUUUAUAUACGAUGCGACUAGAAAUUUCGGACAAUAUUUCACGUAACUUACGAAACUGGCGACAUUACCCUACAAUUCGCAAUGAAGUUCUUCGUAAAUUACAAAUUUUACAAAGAAUUUACUUGUCAUCUUUUCAAGUCGAUGUGGUGGAUGAUUUGGAACUUUUAAAGAAUAAUAUUUUACAAUUCAAACAAUUAAUGAGGAAAUGAUGACACAUAUUGAUGAUGUUUUCGCUGAAGAAAUUGAAUUGUGUUCUUGGCAAGAGAAAAUGGUAAAGUAAUUGGUGAAUACAUAAUAUUUAUUGUAUUUAAAUGAAUGUAUGGAAGAACAUAUUAUUAUAUUAUAUAAAUGUAUUUUCGUUAUAAAA